AUGCCUUGGCCAGAAAAAGCUCCACCACCAACCUCGGCAUUAUCAAUCUAUCGUAUCCUUUCACCUAAAGCAGGUUUAAGAGUUUCACCAUUAUGUUUAGGUGCCAUGUCAAUUGGACAAGCGUGGGGAGAGUAUGGUAUGGGAGCAAUGAAUCAAAUCGAAAGUUAUAAAUUAUUAGAUGAAUUUGUUAGACUUGGUGGAAACUUUAUUGAUACUGCUAAUGGUUAUCAAGAUGAAGAAAGUGAACGUUGGAUUGGAUCUUGGAUGAAGGAACGUAAUAAUCGAGAUCAAAUAGUGAUCGCUACUAAAUUCACGUCUUUCUAUCGCGGAAAGGAUCCAGCGACCAAGAUCCGUGUCAAUUAUGGGGGUAAUGCGACCAAGUCUUUAAGACUUUCAGUUGAAGAUUCAUUGAAAAAAUUACAAACGAAUUAUAUCGAUGUUCUUUAUCUUCAUUGGUGGGAUUGGACUACUUCAAUUGAAGAAGUGAUGCAAUCUUUAAAUAAUUUGGUUAAAGAAGGAAAAGUUCUUUAUUUGGGUAUCUCUGAUACUCCCGCUUGGAUUGUUUCAAAAGCGAAUCAAUAUGCUCGAGACCAUGGGCUUGCACAAUUUGUUGUUUAUCAAGGUCUAUGGAGUGCGAUGUUUCGAGACUUUGAACGUGAAAUUAUUCCUAUGUGUUUAUCUGAAGGAAUGGCUUUAUGUCCAUGGGGAGCACUUGGAUCUGGAAAAUUUCAAUCAAAAGCAGAUUUAGAAAAACGUUCAGCCAAUGGAGAAAGUUUAAGAUCCAUCACUGGUCCAAGUCAACAAAAUGAAUUAGAAAGAAAGAUUUCAGAAACCUUAGAAAAGAUUGGAAAAGAAUUAGGAACUGAUUGUGUGACUGCUGUGGCUUUAGCUUAUGUAUUACAAAAAGUUCCUUAUGUUUUCCCGAUUAUUGGGGGUAGAAAAAUUGAACAUUUAAAUAGUAAUAUUACUGCUUUGACACUUUGUCUUACAGAAGACCAUAUAAAAGAGAUCGAAGCUCAAACACCUGAUUUUAAAUUAGGAUUUCCAUAUGAUCAAUUUGGUGUGGAUGCGGCUCUUGGUGGUGUUACUCCUUGGCAUUUUGAUUCAGUUGGAAAAUUCGGAUUUGUUAAACAUCCUCAGGCUAUCAAGCCUUCGGAAGAAGUCUUGGAAAAAUCUAAAUAG